AUGAUACUAUAAAACUGAAAAGCAAAAUAUAUUUUAAACCAGUUGCCUCAAGACUGGUUGUUUGUAAGCACCCAACAACCACACUACAAGUUGAAUAAAAAAACUUCGUUAUCGAACGAGCAUUAGAUUAGUAAUUUGGUGAGAGUUAAGAUCAAUAGAUUAUUGUUGAUGGAUAAAGUUUUACUGUCUACUGAUUUUAGCCAUCAUAAUUAGAAUUGUAACUUUCUUCAAGACUUAACCCGCAAUGAAAACUAACAAAAACCAGUCGAUUGAUUUUUUAAUUUUAAAUUUAUCCAUUUAACCUGAAGACAAGUCAAAACAAUUUUGUUUCACUUCCAUUUUGUUUCACUUUCAAUACAAUUUUAACCGAAACCCAAAAGUUAACAAUCUUUCAAUUUUUUUAUAAACCAAUUUAGUUAUUUUCAUGUGUGAUUGCCAUGUAAAUUAACUGUGUUCCUGUGUUUUUAAUCAACCUUCACCUUAACCCAGCAAAUGGAUCCAAACAAUGUGUACCAAGGAAUUGCAGUUGGAGCUUAAAUAAAUCAUCUUAAGAGAAACCCAAAUCAUCAUUAUUUCCAUUUUUACCAUUAUCGUCAUAAUCGUUUAUCCAAUUUUUUCUCUCAAUGAAAUUGUGAAUUUCUUCCUCGUUCAGUGUAUAACAGAGAGAACAAGAAGAAAAAAAUCAAGAGAAGAAAUCAAAGAGCGACAAGUUUAAAAAGGGAAAGAUAGAGUUAAUAUAAAAUAACGAAUUGAUUAAAUUGAAUUUAACCUUUUCUAUUUCCUCUUUCUUAGCCUUAUCCGAUAACCAUUUAUCUUUUAGUAAAUUUGAAUCAAUCUUUAAUUUACAUUUGGUACUAAAUUUCGCUCUAUUACGAUUCUCAUUUGAUUCUUUACCCGAUUUUGCCUAUUGACAUUUGUGUUGCCAACAGUAACCUUCAUCAUACUCAUCGUUCAUCUUUACCCUUAUUUCAAAGAUACAUUGAAAUAAAAACCUUAUCUCAACCUAAAUCAACCUAAACCCAGUGACUUCUGUGAUCGUCAUCGUGUCAAAAUCUUUUAACCCUACCUCAGUAUCCAAUCUUUUAACCUGUAUCUUGUAAUCCUUGUCAUUUGACUAUUUCUCGCACCAUUUCAACCUUUUUUAACCCAAUCAUCAACCAAAUUUUAUGUCAAACUUGGAUUGGUCCGUCCAUGUCUCUGACAAAUCUGAAGCCAUACAUGUUAAUUUAUUGGGCAAGAUUAUUUAAAAAUUUAAUUACUGUGAUUGAAACAACAACGGUUUGACCAACGGAUUACAUUUCUCAAAAAAAGCUGAGCUUUUACAAAAGUCAAUGUUGAUUCAAAGGAAGACAAAAUCAAGUGAAGAAGCUUGAAUGUGCUGAUACAAAGCCAGGAAGAAGUUCCUAACUGCUGUCCUUUAUUAACGUCUAUUGAUACAAUUAAUUGGAAUAAUUACAAUCUCAAUUAUGUCUAACAAUACAAUAUCAACUAAUAUUUCAAUCUCAAACAAUUCAACAGACCAAAUGAUGGAAGGUUUAUCAAUAAAGCGAGUUGAAACCUUAAACAUCUCCGAUCCGGAAAAAAAUAUCAAACCCGGUAAACGUGCCAAUUGCCGAUUAUUUUGUUCAGGCUUUUUAUUCGGCCUCAUCAGUACCAUAUUAAUUUUUGCAGUCACCUUAUAUGUUUUCGAUUACAUGGGAACAAUUGUUCUGGAAAUGCCAUACUCACCCUGGAGACAACAUCAGUCAUCUACAUUUAAUCGAACCGGUAAAGAGUUUCCGUCUCCACAUUAUUCGGAAGGUUCGCUAGUACAAGAUGAAUCUGGUCACAAUCCUCAGCGACACCAUUUUGACCCAAUCAGUCGAUCAUAUGUUUUACCAGAUCGAUUCAACUCAACCUCACUUAAUCAACUAAACAACAGUUUACGUCUAAUCCAGUCUCAAAACCCAGAAUCUGGUAACCGAGUGAUUGCUGGCGAUCUUUUGGUCAAUUCUGGUAAUGAAUUAGAUGUUACAGCAAAUUAUAAUGGGACUUUACAAUUUACUGAUGAAUUUGAUCACAACAAUACCAGUGAUGAUGAUAUUUCCCAUCAUCCCUUUGAACCAGUUCAUUUUGAUGAUAAAGAUGUUUCAGUAGAUUCAUUGUAUAACCAAGCCAGACGAGAUGGCAAGACGAUUGACCUUUCUCAACGGUCAACGCCACCAACUCCACAAUCAAGUCCGAUGAAUGUUACCGUUCAUUACAAUUCAUCCGAAUUAUCAUCAACAUCAUCAACCAAAUCGUCUGUAGAUAUGACCAUGAUGGUUAUGGAAACAACAAGCAACAACAGUUUCCCAUCAUUACCCAUUACAAUGAAUCCACCCGAGAUGACAAAGAUAACCAGAGAAAUACUCAACUAUACUAAUGAUGGAAUUGCUCGGAUCAAUGAAGGCUUAAAUUCAGUUGCUAUCUCAUCUAAUUUACAGUCAACACCGAUGUUGAAUAAUGAUUCAACCACUUUGAUGCCAAACCUUUUAACCACAAUAACCAUUGGUUUCAUUGAAAAUGCUGAAAACAUGAGUACUUUGGAUGGUUUUAACCAGUCGACAUUAUUCCCACCAACAUCUUCAGUAGUUGCCACUGAAUUACCUGAAACCGGAAUGGUCAUUGAUUUGACAGUCAACGGUUCAAAUAGUCAACCGUUAGUUAACAGCAGUAGCAUUGAUUUAACACCAAAUAAUUUGCAAAAUUUACCACCAAACGAGACAAUGUCUGCUUUUAAUGAUACUAAACACUCGGAUGUUGUUAACACUGAUGUUUACAAUAAUAAUAACAAUAAUACUAAUGAUGAAAAACUAACCCUAAACCCAAAAAAUGUAACUAAUUCAUCAACAGCUUCAUUAAAAGGUAUUCAAUCAUCAACAUCAAGACCAACAACAGUAUUGACGACAACAUUAAAAUCAGUAACACAGUCCAAUGAAGCGUUACCUGUUCUGUCAUCAUCUGGUGAAAAAAGUUCAACAUUAUCAUCACAAUCAACAACUCAAUCAUCCUCCAGCUUGUCAUAUUCAAGUGAAAGUGACACCCGAACAGGGUUUGAUUCAAUUAGAGAGGCGACAAAUGAGAGAAACAAAAAGCACGAAACAACGCCAGCAAAUUACUUGUUGAUAAAUUCAAUUAACGGUACUAUCGAUGAACCAUUUAAUCAAACUGAUUCACGGACUGGUAAUUUAACGAGACAACCAGAAAUUAAUGGAUUGUCAACAAUUAAUUCAACAAUUGUUACCCAAAAAGUAGAGAUUAUAAUGACCACAACACCUUUAACUUCAUUUACUUAUUCACUUUCAACUACAACCAAUUAUACAAACAAUCAAACCAACCCAACACCAACAACAACCAAUGGACAGUUUAACGAUGAAACAGCCAAAAUAUCGCACAAUAGUGAUUACAAUCAAACCGUUAACCCUGCUAAAUUGGAUUACAACAUUUCAAGUUCAACUACUGAAGGCAAUGUCCAUGAAACAACUCAACCAACUAUGAAUCCAGUUAAACAGCCAACCAUCAUUUUAAAUAACACUGAUCCUACCGUUUCCAAUGGUUAUGAAAAUGUAACCAAAUCUAGUUUACCAGUGAAUCCAGUAAAUCUUAAUGGUACCAAUAAUGAUGAAAAGCCGAUCCUUAACGUUACAAACUGGGAACAAGAAGCUAAUGUUAGUUUGAUUGCAAAUGUAACUUACUUAAACAGUGAAGUUGAAACAGUCAAUCUAACUUCAAUUGCCAAUGGAACCAAUCCCGAAAUAAUUGGUAAUGUGACCGAGUCCAUUAAUGGUACAAACACAGUCAAUGUAACCUUUACUGAUUAUCCGGUUAACACAACAAUGGAGUCCAUUAUUGGGACAACUGCCAGCCCAUUGGAAUGUAAUGUUAAGCAAAUACGAUGUUUUGUUGAUCAUGACAAGGAAGCUUGCUUGUCUGCUGAAGCCCUCUGUGAUGGCAUUAAAGAUUGUGCUGAUGGCUCUGAUGAGGCUGAUUGCCUGACUUCAUGUGGAUCCAAUUUUAAAUGUGCCAAUGAAUCAAAAGUAAAUUGUAUCUCACGUAAAAACCAUUGCGAUGGUAUUUGGGAUUGUGAUGAUGGAUCGGACGAAUCAAACUGUUACUUUCCUUCAUGUGAAAAUCAACUUUCCUGUGCAGAUAAAUCAUCCUGUCUUUUGCCUAUUCAAGUAUGUGAUGGUAAAUAUGAUUGUCGGGAUCAUUCGGAUGAACAAGAGUGCGUUGACCAUUCAACCUGUUUAUCUGUAGGUAAAUUUUUCUGCGACAAUAUGUGCGUUGAAUCCUCGUUACGAUGUGAUGGUUCCAAGGAUUGUAUUGAUGGUACAGAUGAAUCAAACUGCACAUGUACUGUUGAUGAAUACAAAUGUUGGAACGGGGAUUGUAUCGACAAAACCUUGGUUUGUGACGGUCAAAGACACUGUCAUGUCGAUGGAAGUGAUGAAUGGUCUUGUGUUAAAACUGACGAGAAUAAUGUUGUUUCUAUGGUCAACCCGUCCACUGGAAAUUGGGCUUUAGUCUGUGCUGAUGAAUCUUCCCUCAGUGAAUCUGAUUACUCCAAAUUAUGCCAAAAAAUGGGCCUUGAAUCGGCUAUUAAUUACACUACAGCUAUGGUUAAAACAAUAGGAGAGGUUGAAUGGGUUACCUACAAUGGAUCUAGUGUCAUCUCUAUUGAAAACUGUAACUCUUCAUCAAUCCUGAUACUUUCGUGCCAAACAUUCAAAUGUAGCAUGAUGGCCACACCUUUGGAACCCUCGAUCUCAUCCUCACCUCCACCUUCCUCCUCUCUUCCCUUAGUCAUAACCUCUUCACCAACACCUUCGACUUCAACCACAAUUUCAACUACAACCUUUAACUCCACAUCAACUCCAACCACCAAGUCCAACACAAUUGUAACCACCAUGGCCACCACUACUCAGGAAACUAUGAAAAAUUCAUCUUCUCCUCAAACCUCAUCUACUCCAUUAAAUCAAACGACACCAUCUUCGGUACCAACUUCAACUCAACCUACAGUUGCAACUCCAACCGGUUCACCGUCAUCAACAAUAACAGCUUCGUUAUUGGCUUUGCCUGCGAUCAAUUCUAAUGUUCCGCUUAGUCGGGCAACUCGAGCAACAAGUCCAAACGAAAUCCAAUCAAUGGUAAUCAUAGAGGCAAAUAGAACCAAAUCGACUGGUAAAAAACAAUGUCUUGCUCAAAUUAUAUCACCAAUGUGGCUUUUAUCGUCUGCUGAAUGUUUAAGACAAAUCAUUGAUGAACCAUUAAUUGUAAAGGCAAAUUCAAGUCGAUUCCUUGGAGCUGUAGAUCGAGUAAUUCUUCAUCCGCAUACUUCAAAAUUCCGGUAUCUUUAUAUUCGUGAUUUUGAUUUAGCUUUAAUAAAUCUUAAGCAACCUUUACCCUUGAGUUCAAGUCUGAUGAGUUCCAUUUGUCUUCCCGAGUCUGAUGUUGCCUCCGAUAUAACGUGUUUUAUGCCCGUUCUUGGUGAAACUGAAGCCCGUCCCUACUUAAUUCAGGAUCGCUCAAUGUGUAAUGACCGUAGACAUUUUAACUCAUCCAUUAACCAACGUCAAAUUUGUGCCUCACCAAGCGAUGAAUCUCCCGACUCUGUUCCCGAUCCUGGUUCCAAUUUGGUCUGUCUAUCAAGCUCUACCGAAUGGUUUAUUGGAGGAUUUGUUUCUUACGCUAGUCCAAGAACUAGCUACACCAAACAUCCAUCCGUUUUUUCAAACAUAUUUGCCAUGAAAGACUUUAUCAACCAAGUUGUAGCCAACCAUUUGUACCAAUCUAAAAUGGAAGCGCGUUACAAUUAUACUUUUGACCUGAGUAGCCCAGUCUUGAACAAUAUAACAACAAUCGAUGAAACAGUUGACAAAAAUAUUGACAAUGCUGCUAAAUCUGCUCCUAAAUUUACUCAUGAUAAUCUAAAGGAUGUCUCCAACAUUAGUACAGUCAACGGUACUAGCUACCAACCACUCAGUGAUAUGGACAUGAAAAAAGCUGCUGACCGAUCGAGAUCAUUGAAUUUAGAUUCAAGCAACUCUUCAGCCUACACUAGACCAAAUGAAAGUCCAUUGGUUAAUGUAUCUCUAACAAAAGAAAUGGAUUAUCAAGAGAUUAAUCACAAUAAUUCACUAAAAGACGAUAUAAAGCUAUUGAAUGGCCUAAAUGAUUCAAAUUCAAAUACUCUAAGAUCUGAAAAUGGCAGGUCAAUGGAUUUAACAGAUAUCGUUGAUAGUAACAGGACAAUUCUCGAUCAAUUUCUAAUCAAUUCAACUCUUGAAACACUUACCACAACUAACAAGUCAAUUCUUCUUAAUGAUACAUUAGUUCCAUCAUCUUAUCAAACCACCUUAUCACCAAUAUCAUCUACCUACUCACCAGAAUCAUCAGCUUUUUCAUUAUCAUCAACAUCGUCACCAGUACCUUCAUCUUUACCUUUAUCAUUAUCGUCGUCAUCACCACCACCACCAACCUCACAAUCACUAGCACUUGGAUCUUCACAAUCAAUAUCAACAACAACAUUACCACAAACUUUACCUUAUUCAUUUUCACCAUCAACAACACCGACUGAUAAGACGUCGAUGACAGCUCCAAAAACGUCCAAAAGUCCGUCUACUUUAGGUGUUAACAAUGUUUUAAAUGUAACUUCUAAAUUAUAGUUAACUAAUUAAUUAGCAUGUUCAAAACCUAUGUCAAAUUUCAUCUCAAAAUUUCUCAUAUAAAUUAAACAUUUUCAAACCUACAA